UGUUCUUAAAAGCAGAUCAGUUGCGUCAGUGUGGUAACCUAAUUUUAUUAUUGUGUCAUUUCAAACAUAACAGUGCAGUAUUUAGAAACCUGAUACGUUGGCUGCACUCAGGCUAAAUAUAGAGAGUUAAAAGGAUCACUGAGCUCAGGGCUGGUUACACAGGUCGGGCUGCACUGACCUCGUUCUGUUGGAUCUCUCGACUUAAACAUGCAAUUCUAAUGGAAUGAAUUAUUUCCCCUGAUGAAGCUGGGUCUCCCACGACUGCACUUUGGGUUAUUACAAAAUUCUGGGACAAUGAAUGAAGCUCCUCUGGACACAUACUUUGACAUUCUUGACGAGGAAAGAAAGCUGUAUGCAGCGGACUCCUUAAAUAAUUUGAACAAACUGAAUGUUUGUAGUGAUCCACAUGACCUGUUAUCAACCGAGCUCCUGGAUAGCUCCUCAGAUGCUGACAAAAGAGAACUUAAUGACAACAAAGAAUGCCCUAAAGCUGGGCCCCUAACACAGUUAUCACGGCUGAUGAAAAAAGAUGAACAACCAAAGUUGCAGCAGACUGGCACAAAUAAAACACAGUGCAAUUCCUCCAGAUGCCUGUGCAUACUGCUGAUCGUUCUUGCAGUGGCAUUGGUGGCUAGUCUACUUCUAUCUUUCUAUGCAAUAUAUUUAAUGGUGCAAACAGCAGAGAAAAUGAAUGAGUUGUCCAGCUCUGCUUUUGAAGAAGAAUACCUGCAAGAAAUCACAGCAUUCAAAGAUAUCAUUUUAAAAUAUCUUAACCAAUCAACGACUGCAGUAAAAGGGGCAGCAGCUGUUGAAGAAAUUGCCCUUAAUCAUAAUGUAACUGCUUAAUUCACAAAACAGUCAGUUAACAUGCAUUUGUAUGUGUGACCAUGUGAUGUAGCAGUACAAUGCAGAUCAAGAAUAUGUUGGUGUCUGCCGUCCAUUACUUUGCUAUGCCACUCUGCAGUGCCUUCAUCUUGCUAAAAGCAUUAUUUACAGAAAUAAAAUCUUCCUUUCCUUCUCUUUUCAUUAGGAAUUUUUGAUUAGCUUGCGAGAAAAAAUGUAAUUUCUGUUGAAAGCAGGAUUUACUGCUUUCUCCAGUAAUUGAAUCGAGUAAUGCACAGUUUCCAGUGGGCACGGCUGCAAUUGUGAAUGUAUCUGCAUAGAUUUCGUGCUGGGUGUAGUUGAAAAUUCCAUCAAAUAUGAUGUAUAGGCUAAACUCAACUAUGAAAAGCAAUGCUGGUCAACGACCAAAUUGCUUUGCCAGUCAGACUAAUAAACAACUACAUCCACAUGUGUUAGUUAGAUACUUUUACAAGAGUACAAGAUGAACAUUUAAUGUGUGGCUGUUCAAGUUGGUCAAGCAAGAGAAACAUUUUGCAUCGCGUUAGAAGACUUACUACUUUGCUCUUGUGGUUUAUGAAAAAUUGUAAAAGUAGAGGUGACGCAAUUUUAUGCUGCUAAAGAAACAAGAGCUUAAUAAAGUAUUAUUGUAGUUCAGAAGACACAUUAUUUUGUAAGUUGACUGUUAAAUUCUGAUAAUAAAAUACAACGCAAAUUCAAUCUGUAUUUCAGAUCUGUGCUUGUGUACCUUGAUUGCGAUCAAUUCUUGUGUAUGGCCAAAAAGAAAUAAAAAUAAACGUUAUGUACGAAAAGGGCAUGUUUAUUUUUUGUGUUAAUCUCCAUAACCCUAAGAUUGACUUUGACUGAUGAAAGGGUAAAUAUAUUUCCACACCCCAAUGGCAUGUCUGUCAUGGCAUCAUCUGGCUGCUGCUAAGUUCAUGUUAGAGUCUACUGGGAGUUUUCUGCAUUUCCAUAUAUCCCUGUAAAUUAUGUUUUGAAAUGUUUUUCUAAUGUGGCAGCCUAAAUAUUGGCUAUCCAGCAACAAUUGCGCAUUGUAUUAUAUUGUAU